AUGCGUCUGCAACGGGUGCGAGGCGCGAGCUUCAAGGAAGAGUACGCAUGCGCUGCGCUGCGUCGGACACGACGGGAAACGCCUCCACAGGGUAUGGCAACGACGCACGCACUCAUCGCGCCCAAGGAGAGCAAAUUGGCUGAUCGCAUAACGGUCGUUCUGGACCUUGACGAAACACUUGUGUAUGCACGAGAAGGGCCGCUUUACGUGCGUCCCGGUACAGAAGAGCUCCUUCAAUUCCUGGAAAAAAACUGUGAAACGGUGGUUUGGACGGCAGGGAUAAAGCAAUACGCCGAGGCCGUAGUCCGUCAGAUUGACACGAACCGCACUGUGCACCAUACAAUAUACCGCGACAGUAAAUGGUUUAGUGGGAGUUCGUGUCGAAAAGACUUGAGCCUUCUGGGCCGAGAUACACAAACAACAAUUCUGUUCGAGAACACACCCGAUUGCAUCCGUGGAUUCGAGCAGAACGGCGUCCUCGUGGCAGACUAUGAGGGCGGUGAGCUGGAGGACCAUACACUGCACACCAUCCUUGGCCUCUUAAAGGACCUUGUGCAGCGCAGGAACGAGGAGCACAUUACUGUGCCAGAGUACAUCCGCAGCUCGAGUCACCUCAACCUGCGGGAGGUGCCGACAGACAACGGCGACGUGAUGUCGUGCUACUGCCUGCAGCCGCAUUGGCCGGAGAUGGAGGCGGGAAAGCGUGCGUCGCCCCGCUGCAGCGGCGUCAUUCACUGCCAGCGCGACCGCUGCGAUAUUGCAGUUCACUGA